AUGACCUACGAUAAACAAAACAACGGCAGUCUUGCCAAACCAUUUACGCCCACCCUCAGCGCUGCAUUUCAUAGGAGCAACAAGGCUCCCCUGACACCAAAGCUUGCAAGUCCAAGUCCAGGUCCAGGAUUUACUCGCCGCCUCCCACAACCCGACCACCCCUAUUCCACCCCCUCCAAGGACAACUCCCCCGCGGUCCCGACCUUCCUAAGCGCCAACGUCACUCCACGAUCUGGUCCUCGAACAAAUCGGCGAGAUGGCGCUAUCUAUUCCCCCACAAAUACAUCACCUGGCCUCUCUCCCUCUCCACAUACACCAUACUCUCAGUCAACAAUCGGCUAUGGCCGUCGAGACCGUAGCCCUGCUCGUGGGGUCAAGCCGGAACAACCCCGGAGUCUAAGGGCGAAGACCCUGACAGCAGAGAAUCCGCCUAUAUCACGUCCAAAUACUUUCUCGGAUAUUACAUCGGGAACUCCGCUGUUCUUUCAUGCGUCCGAUGCACAAUCAUCACAUCCCUCUGAGCCGCCAGAUGCUUCUCGCCCGAGGCCUCAAGGAAAGACAUCCCCAGCCUCGAGCUUCAUAUAUGCGAAUGGAGACCAAGAAGUAAAUUCAUUAGGGGAACAAUCGAGUGUUACAUCUACUUCUGCCAAACGUCGAUCGGGUGGUCUUCCCCGGCCCCUGCCCGCCAGCAAACCAGGACCUUCCUCCUCGCGCUUGAGCUCUCCCGCGCUCUCAGACGUUGCUUCGCACCAUCCGGAAGAUAUGAGAUUACCACAUAUAGCCAGCGCUGAGAAUGGACUAGUAUUCGUUCCGCGUCUUGGCUCGCCAUCGUCUAGUACAAUCGGCGAGAAACCACGACCAGCACCGAUCCGACAUACUAAGUCCUCGAGUGUCGACUCGGGCCGCUAUAUCAAUCAUCCACAAGAUAGCUUGCGAGCCAGCCCAGUCAUCAUAUCUGGGAGCCAUUUUGGUGAAGGGACAGCGCCCGUGAUGUCAGAACAGAUCCCCACCCUUCGCCCUCGGAUCUUCAGCAAUGUAUCGUCCGUCUCGACUGAUACAUGCCCUCCCGCACCGCUCAGCCCCGGGAAAUCCGAGGGGCCGAGCGAGGCAGCUCUUAAUGCGCGUACCGAGCGCAAGAUCAUGGACUUGGAGAUUAGCAACUCUUCGCUAUUGGCCAUCAAUCGUACCCUGGAGCGCGAAAUGAGACAACAAAAGGCAGAACUUCGGCGAUUCCGACGACUGAGCCGCUCGGGACGGAUAUCAAUGGCACCUUCCACCCGUUCAUUCUCCGGAGCGGCACUUUCUGUAACUAGUGAGCUGGAUGAAGGCGAAAGCGAGGUUUCUAACCGGUCACAUGACGAGGUUUCUGAUAUCAGCGACGAGGAUUCAACUGCAGAUGAAAGUAUCAUGAGUCCAGGUUUGCUGGCCGAGCACGACGCCAAGCACCGUGUCAAUGACGAGAAACGCGUCAUGCUUGACUUGGCACGACAUCGGGACGUCCUGGUAGAUAGCCAGAGGAUGAAUCAAAGCCUCAAGCGAUGUCUAGGAUGGACCGAAGAACUCAUCAAGGAAGGACAGCGUGCCCUUGAGUACAACGUCCGUGUUCAAGACGUUGAGCUAGGGGGUCGAGUCCUAGCACCUGAAGAGUUAGGCGAAAUCGGUGAGAGCGGUCGUGGUCUUUUGAGCCCUGCGACCGAAUACAAACCUGCCAACGCCGUCUUUUCUCCUGUGUUGACCUCCGAACUGUCCUUUGUUGAAUCGCCAUCUAUUGGAACAAUAUCUCCUACACCCUCUAUCUCUGGUGAUCUAAGUACAUGA